AUGGACUUUAUCCUAUCUGUCUUUCCACGGACAGUGUGCUUUGUUGACACUUUCUCCACGCAGGGCUUUUAUUGUGAAGGUCCUGAAGCGGUCCUGUGGAAGGUCAGCUGACUGAGGACGAGCUACGCACAUACCUGACCUGCACAUUCACUGUUCAAUUGGAUCCAUCGCACCAUGCUGCCUGACAAAGAUGGUCCAGGUGUGGAUGGAGGACAGAGCUCACCUGGGGGAGAGGACCCUUCUGUCAGCCUGUUCAGACACUACCUCCGUCUCAAAACUGUCCACCCAGAACCAGACUAUGAUGCUGCUCUUAAGUUCCUGGACAGAAUAGCAGCAGAGCUUCAGCUACCCAUGAAGAAGAUUGAGGUUUUUCCGGGCAGGGUUGUAUCAAUCAUGACAUGGGAAGGAACAAACCCGAAGCUGAAGUCCGUCUUAUUAAAUUCCCACACGGAUGUUGUGCCUGUUUUUCAGGAACAUUGGAAAUACGAUGCUUUCAGUGCUUUCAAAGAUGCAGAGGGCAACAUUUAUGCCCGGGGAACACAGGACAUGAAAUGUGUAACUAUACAAUACAUCGAGGCGAUUCGGAGACUGAAGUCAGAGGGACGGAAACUGAUGCGCACUGUGCACCUAAUGUUUGUUCCUGAUGAAGAAGUUGGGGGUCACAAGGGAAUGGAGACAUUUGUGAACCAUCCAGAGUUUAAAAACUUAAACAUUGGCUUUGCACUCGACGAAGGUUUGGCCAAUCCCAGUGAGGCUUUCACUGUGUUUUAUGGAGAAAGGAACCCCUGGUGGAUUACAAUCCACUGCCCGGGCAGUCCAGGCCAUGGGUCUAGAUUUGUGGAAAAUACUGCGGCUGAGAAGCUGCGCCAAAUCAUCAACUCUUUCCUUGACUUCAGGGAGAAAGAGAAACACAGGCUAAAUACCAGUGAGUGUUUUACACUCGGAGAUGUCACCACCGUGAAUAUGACCAUGGUGAAAGGGGGCGUGGCCUACAAUGUCAUCCCAGCUGAAAUGGAUGUCAGCUUUGACCUGAGAAUACCACCCACAGUAAAUCUACAGGAGUUUGAAGGACAGAUCCAGCAGUGGUGUAAGGAAGCAGGGGAGGAUGUCACUUAUGAAUUUGCUCAGAAACAUAUGAACCAGAAUGUGACCUCCACAGAGGAGAGCGAUCCAUGGUGGAGUGCUUUUAGUGCAGCCUGCAAGGAAAUGAACAUGACUUUGGAAAAGGAGAUCUUUCCAGCUGCGACAGAUAGCCGUUUUAUCCGAGCGGUUGGGAUCCCUGCUAUCGGCUUUUCACCAAUGAACCGGACACCAAUCCUGCUGCACGAUCACAACGAGUAUCUGAAUGAGCAGGUCUUUCUGAGAGGCAUCAGUGUGUACGAGAAACUCAUCCCAGCUCUGGCCGGCGUGGUUGCCUUUCCUGAUGAGGCUUAGAUAAGUCUUUAUUUCUAAUGAUCUCUGAACCACAUUUCACUGAUGAUCUAAUUAUUUAACUUGAAUUUUUGCAUAGAUUACCAAAGAAUAAUAAUAACACAUGUAUAAUAAAGCCAACUGAGCAGUACCUUUGGUACUAUAAUUUUAUUUUUAUGAUUCUCAGGAUGUAGGCACAAGAGCUUUCCAUUACUUAUUAUUACAACUGUUUUUUUAGGCAGUGUAUGUCAUUGUUGGUUGAAUGUGUGGGAAUAUCAGCUAUUGUGAAAACAGUAGUUUAAAUUAAUAAGGAAAAAAUCUAUAUCAUCAUCCAUGAAUAACUCAAAUGUGAAUUAUUAAACACUUUUUUAAUUUAGUGAAAUUUGAAAAUGUUUUCAAGAAUUUUAUUCAAUAAAAAUGAAUUAAUAAAUAACAGAUUUAUGUAUUUGUUGAGAAUUAUUUUGUUUUUCACAUGAAAAGAGAAAAGGCCUGUGUUCAGCGCACUAAUAGUUAAAAAUACCUAUCAGUGCGAAACAAAAUGAGAUCUGUGUUACACAGAGUGAGAUCUUGCUGCCUACAGCAAAGGCGUUUAACCUGCAGAACCAACCAUCUGCUUCAAGGACAGGAUAUUAAAUUUACCAUAACUACAUCAAUAACACUUUCCAAACAUCAGUGAAAACACUGAAUCCAUCAGUGCAGCCAUCAUAUUAUCAUAAAGUGCUCUCCAACAUUAUCCGCAGGUACACUGCUGUGGUGUUCUGAAUGAGAGUGAAUGAGGACGCCCACGGCCCACUGAUUUUCAGCAUAAACCACUGAUUCCACUUUUCCUCAAAUGGCAACAAUCAGGAAGGCAGGAAUAAAGAUAAUUUUAUCCAAAAUAUGUCUUUAAAUAUUCAGUGAAUAGUAAUUAUUCUAGUGCAUCAGUGGAAGCAACAUAAAUAUCUCAAAGUGUCUUUAAUAUGUUUCUGUUUAUAUUGUAUAACUAAACAUGUCUGGCCAGACGAUGAUAAACAAAUGGCAUAAAAAGAUUUUAGAUUUAUGCAGGAGAGGUUAGUUUAAAUGUAAAACAAAAAAAGAAUAAUCCUAAAGAGGGAUAUUAUGAAAUGGAGGUGCAGUGGAGGAAACAACAGAUUAAAGGUUUCCUUUUGAUUUAUAAUGAAAAUGCUGUUUACACGAGGUAAAGGUUGGACUCAUCUACAGUUGAGCUCCCUUUGGAGUUGUCGUCCAAUUAACAGCGUAUGACUCUCCAAGGGGGACUGGCAGGAAGGCCGUGCAGUCGGUAAUUAGUCUUCUCUCUCCCCAGGACAUGACAGCAGUAUUAGCACAUGGGGCUGAGAGGGAGAUGACUAAAAGCUGAACCCACAUCCUUCCUCCCAGAGGGGGCAGGAAUAGGUGCAGUCAUCCUGUCGGGUCAACUGUCGAGCAUCUGAAUGUUUGACUGCGGAAAACAAAUGCUGUUUAACAGUCUUAGAAAGAAAGUAAGAAAGAAAGAAAGAAAGGUGUGAUAUUCUUCUGUUUAGUAUUGUCUUUUGCUGCUGCAUAUGUUGAAAUGCAUCAGUUCAGGGACUGAGGAAUGUACAAUAUCUUUGUGUUAUUGGUCUGUUGAUAACAUGGUAGCAGUGCAGUCCCCCUCUGUUUUUCCCCAUAGUCUGAGGUCAUGAUCUGGCAGGGUGAGGUGAGGAUUCAAGUCUGGGUCAAGGUAAUAUAAACAGGGAGCUAACCCACAUGGGGAGCUUUAACCCGACCCCACCUGUUUCCCCACAUCCCACUGGCAUCUUAUCAGCAAUAUCUCUGUGGUGCACAAACAGCCUUAAAGACAUACUGCAGGUAGGGGACUAACUUGCAGACAUAAUUCCUGUGAGGAAACAUAAGGCAGGCUGAGGGAAAAGCAUACAUUUUCUACAAAACGGGAAUAAAAUUGAUCAGAAAAUAAAUUAAAAAAUAAAGUCAAUACAGUCUAUGUAUCCACACAAUCAGCCUUCAUGUGACUGAUCUAAGAGCUGCUUUAUAUUCAGCAUCAUAGUGCUGAGUCUUCGUUCUUUGCUGUUCCUGCUUCUGGAGAGAGCUGUUAAUAUUCACAAAUGCUGCAGUGAAUGAAGGAACACACUGUAAAUCUUCCGGCUGAGUGGCAUUUCCUUCUAUACUGCACCCUCCUGUUGUGCAACUACAACUAUCCUCUGGUGCUAAUUACAGCCAAACCCUCCAGAAGAGAGGAUUAAUUGUAGUCUGUCACAAAUUACCAUUCUGAAGUUACUGUACUGUGGGCAGUCGGUUGUGUUUUCUUGUUACAUUAUUUAUUUUAGUGGAAUUUUUAGUUUGACCAA